CUGUACUUAUUAGAAGUGCAGUUUUCGCAUCUUUCGACAGGGGGCAACAAUGAGCGAAAACGCCCCCGGAGGAGGCCAAAGUACUUCCGGGUUUAUGCUGACGCGUCCCUCUCCCUUCCAUUCACCGACGUGUCAGUCCUCUUGUGUCCAGAGCCGAGCAGCACUCAAACCGGUCACUCUAACGACAUGGCCCCCAAAGGUAGCAACAAGCAGCAGUCAGAAGAAGACCUUCUCCUUCAGGACUUCAGCAGAAAUCUGUCGGCAAAGUCCACAGCUUUGUUUUACGGAAAUGCACUCAUCGUUUCUGCCAUCCCCAUCUGGCUGUUUUGGAGGAUCUGGCACAUGGACCUCGUCCAGUCUGCAGUUCUGUAUGCAGUGAUGACUUUGGUCAGCACCUACCUGGUUGCGUUUGCUUAUAAGAACGUCAAGUUUGUGCUCAAACACAAAGUCGCCCAGAAACGUGAGGAUGCCGUUUCCAAGGAAGUAACCAGGAAGUUGUCUGAGGCAGACAACCGUAAGAUGUCCCGCAAGGAGAAAGACGAGAGGAUCCUUUGGAAGAAAAAUGAGGUUGCUGACUACGAGGCCACCACCUUCUCUAUCUUCUAUAACAACACUCUCUUCUUGGUUCUCGUCAUCGUCGCCUCCUUCUUCUUGCUGAAGAACUUCAACCCCACUGUCAACUACAUCUUGUCCAUCAGUGCCUCCUCGGGGCUCAUCGCUCUGCUAUCCACAGGCUCAAAGUAA